GCCACAAAUGCCUUGUACCUGUGUCUUGGGGAUGUGGUUUGCUAACCAUCAGUAUGCUCGGGGAUGUCUGACUACUCCAAAUGGCUCAUGUAUGCCGGUGCUGCUGGUGCCAUCGGCUUGAGUCUAGCAGUGGGAUACUGGAGAGGUUGCAUGUCUUUACAACCCGAUAUCAUCGUGAAAAGUCUCGUCAGUUUACGCAAGUCCCAUCUUCAUAAAGAUAAAGUGAUAAAAUAUAUUGAAAACAAUUCAUUUCGUCUUCUCCAAGUACAACGGAAAUUGAUUGAGGUAACAAUGAAACACCCAAGUCGCAUAAUGCUGGGCAGCACAGAUGAACUUCAACUUUUGCAAAAUUUAGUUUCUCUAAUAAAAGGAAGGAAAACAUUGGACAUUGGAGUGUUCACAGGUUAUAGUGCAUUGGCUAUAGCACUAGUACUUCCUGAAGAUGGAAAGGUAGUGGCCUGUGAUGUCAGUGAGGAAUUCGCAAGAAUAGGGAAACCAUUUUGGAAAGAGGCAGGAGUAGAUCAUAAAAUUGACCUCAGGAUUGCACCAGCUCUGGAAACUCUACAGAAGUUGGUGGAUGCAGGAGAAAGUGGAACAUUUGAUUUUGCCUUCAUUGACGCUGAUAAAGAAAACUACCUGAAAUACUAUACACUUUGUAUGACCUUGGUGCGGUCCGGUGGGAUUAUUGCUAUCGAUAACGUUUUACUGGGAGACAGUGUUGCAGAUCCUGAAAUAGUACACGCAAAGACACUGGCGAUACGUGAGCUGAAUCAAUACGUUUAUGCUGACCAGCGUGUGAACAUCAGCAUGUUAAAUAUCGCAGAUGGUGUGACUCUGUGUUUUAAGAAAUAA